AGAGAGAGAGAGAGAGAGAGAGAGAGAGAGAGGGUGACAUUCUAACCCACCGACUCCACUUAGUCCGAAAGAUCUACAAUCUCUCUGCUCCGUCGGUGGCCACCGGAUCCCCGCACAACCGGAGCAUUAUCCUCUGCUCGAGAUAGUUCCGACUGUGACGGGCGAGGUGGGCGGAUCUUUCUAUCUGAAGCAGGGGAUUGAGCGCUAAGCAAAGCUGGCGGCGACAAUUGCUUGGAGAUACACCAGCAGCAAUGGUGCUCUGGAUGUGGAGCGAAAUGCGGAUGGUAAAGUUCAAGAUUCGGAGCCAUCUACUCCUCAUUCUAUACUGAAAAUGAGUGCAAGGGAUCGGGGGAACAUGGAAGAUACAGAUGGUACAUUGUCAAGUGUUGCGCAAUGCAUUGAAAAAUUACGGCAAAAUUCUUCAACAACCACAGAAAAAGAGAACUCUCUAAAGCAGUUGCUAGAACUUAUUGAAACACGUGAAAAGGCAUUUGGAGCUGUUGGUUCUCAUUCACAAGCAGUUCCAAUACUUGUUUCUCUUCUUAGGUCUGGAACUUUUGGGGUAAAGAUGUUGGCUGCAACUGUUUUAGGAUCUUUAUGUGCGGAAGAGGAACUAAGAAUGAAAGUACUGCUGGGUGGUUGCAUACCACCACUUCUUGCUCUUCUUAAGUCCAACUUAGCUGAAGGCCAAAUGGCUGCUGCAAAAACCAUUUAUGCUGUUUCUCAAGGUGGUACAAGGAAGGAUCAUGUUGGUUCAAAGAUCUUCUCAACUGAAGGAGUUGUCCCUGUUCUGUGGGUUCAACUAAAAGUUGGUCUCAGUAAUGGAAGUGUGGUUGAUACUUUACUCACUGGAGCAUUGAAAAAUUUAUCGAAGAGUACAGAGGGCUUCUGGUUAGCAACAACAGAGUCUGGUGGGGUUGAUAUACUAAUUAAACUUCUAGCAAAUGGACAAAUAAGUAGUAUAGCUAAUGUUUGCUAUCUUCUUGGAUGUAUGAUUAUGGAAGACCAAUCUGUUUGUUCCAGGAUCAUUGCUUCAGAUACUACUAAGCAACUCCUGAAAUUACUAGGACCUGGUAAUGAAGCAUCAGUUAGAGCUGAGGCUGCAGGCGCUUUAAAAUCUCUGUCUGCGCAGUGUAAGGAAGCUAGGCGGGAAAUAGCUAAUUACAAUGGUAUUCCAGCUCUUAUAAAUGCUACAAUAGCUCCAUCAAAAGAAUUUAUGCAAGGAGAAGCAGCUCAAGCUUUGCAGGAAAAUGCAAUGUGUGCCCUGGCAAAUAUUUCUGGUGGCUUGUCAUUUGUCAUUUCCAGCCUUGGUGAAAGCCUGGAGUCAUGCUCUUCUCCUGCACAGAUUGCUGACACACUGGGGGCGUUAGCGUCAGCCUUGAUGAUUUAUGAUUCAAAUGCUGAAUCUGUCAGAGCAUCAGACCCUUUUACUAUAGAGAAAAUAUUGAUUAAGCAAUUCAAAUCAACAAUGCCCUUUCUUGUGCAGGAACGCACUAUAGAAGCGUUGGCCAGCUUGUAUGGGAAUGCCAUACUUUCUAGGGUGCUUAACAGUGCUGAGGCAAAGCACUUGUUAGUUGGUUUGGUCACCAUGGCAACAGGUGAGGUGCAGCUUGAGCUUAUCAAAUCUCUCCUCACACUCUGCAACAAAGAAAGUAGCUUAUGGCAUGCAUUGCAAGGUCGUCAGGGUGUUCAGCUUUUAAUCUCCCUACUUGGCCUCUCUUCAGAGCAACAGCAGCAGGAAUGUGCAGUUUCUCUGCUUUGCCUUUUAUCCGAUGAAAAUAAUGAGAGCAAAUGGGCUAUAACUGCAGCUGGAGGCAUACCUCCUCUUGUUCAGAUUCUGGAAACAGGCUCUUCUAAGGCUAAGGAGGAUUCUGCUAUGAUUCUUGGGAACCUCUGUAACCAUAGUGAGGAUAUUAGAGCAUGUGUGCAAAGCGCUGAUGCUGUUCCUGCUUUAUUGUGGUUACUGAAAAAUGGAAGUGAAAAUGGAAAAGAAAUCGCUGCAAGGACAUUAAACCAUCUUAUCCACAUGUCAGACACAGGGACUAUUAGCCAGCUCUCCGCUUUACUAAUAAGUGAGCAACCGGAAUCUAAAGUACAUGUUCUGGAUGCUCUGGGAAGUUUGCUUUCUGUGUCGCCAUUUACUGAUAUACUGCAUGAAGGAAGUGCAGCAAAUGAUGCUAUUCAGACAAUGAUAAAUGUCUUGAACUCUGCAAAAGAAGAAACUCAAGCAAAAUCAGCAUCUGUUCUGGCCAAACUCUUUCACGUUCGUAAAGACUUAAGAGAAAGUCAUAUAUCUGUCAAUGCCCUUUUUUCAGCCAUGAAGCUGCUCAAUGUGGAAACUGAAAAAGUCCUGGCGGAGGUGUGUGGUUGUCUUGCUGCCAUUUUCCUCUCAAUCAAGGAAAACAAGGAAGUUGCUUCCUUAGCUAGUGAUGCAUUUCCUCAAUUAGUUAUUCAUUCUAGCUCGUCCAUUCUAGAAGUGGCUGAACAAGCAACUUGUGCUUUAGCUAACCUUCUUCUGGAUGGUGAAAUUUCAGCUCAAGCAAGUCCCGAAAAAAUUAUCUUUCCUGUCACUCGGGUUCUAAGAGAGGGCACUAUUGAUGGAAGAACUCAAGCUGCUGCGGCUGUUGUCCGUCUAGUACAGUGUCCCACUGCCGAUCAUGCAUUGUUCGAUAGUAUAAACAGGGGUGGGACAGUUCUAGCUCUUGCUGCUCUUCUGGAAUCAUCCAGUAUUGAUUCUGCUGCUGCUUCAGAGGUUCUUCAUGCGCUUGCUUUGCUUUCUAGGGCAAAUGAAGAUUCUGGUCAUGUAAAACCUCCAUGGGCUGUUCUUGCUGAACAUCCUUACACCUUCAUCCCCUUGGUCUCAUGUGUUGCUGAUGGAGCGCCUACACUGCAAGAUAAAUCCAUUGAAGUUUUGUCUAGACUAUGCCGUGAUCAGGCUGUUAUUUUGGGUUCUGUAGUGUCAAAAACGUAUGGCUGUGUUGCAUCAAUUGCAAGACGAGUGAUUGGCUCCAGUCACCUUAAAGUUAAAGUAGGAGGAGCUGCUCUGCUUAUCUGUGCUGCAAAAGAUAACUUCCAGGAAGUGGUUGACUCUUUGAAUGACUCAAGUUUAUGCACUAACUUGAUUCACGCACUUAUGGGUUUGCUUCAAAUUACAAAUUUAUCUUCUGAUCACGGAGACAUAGAUAUAUCAAUCCACAGAUAUCCUGUAGAACAUUUAAAUGCUGAGAGUAGGUCUAGCACUGCCAUAAUUUCUGCUAAUAUAGUUUGCAUCUGGUUGCUCUGCUUACUCGCUUGUUAUGACGGAAAAAGCAAGUCAGUUCUCAUGGAGUUUAGAGCACUUGAGAUCCUUACUGAGAAGAUUUCACAUUAUUAUUUAGCUUCACAGAGUGAUUCAAAAGAAGGUAAUGUUGCGUGGGUCUGUGCUUUACUACUUUCUCUGCUCUUUCAAGACCGGGAUAUUAUUCGCUCUAAUACCACAUUGCAUUCCAUUCCAACUCUAGCCAAUUUAUUAAGAUCGGAUGAAUUAUCAAACAGAUAUUUUGCUGCACAAGCCCUUACAAGUUUGGUUUGUAAUGGUAGCAGAGGUACUUUGUUGGCUGUUGCAAAUUCUGGAGCUGCUGGUGGGCUCAUCUCUUUGCUUGGUUGUGCUGAUACAGAUAUAUCUGACUUCCUGGAAUUGUCAGAAGAGUUUCACUUAGUACGAAAUCCCGAGCAAAUUGCCCUAGAGAAACUUUUCAGAGUUGAUGAUAUUAGGGUUGGUGCUACUUCUAGAAAAGCCAUUCCUGCACUUGUUGAUCUACUCAAACCAAUGCCAGAUCGUCCUGGUGCACCUUUUCUUGCAUUGGGCCUCCUGAAUCAACUUGCUGAUUACUCCCAAAAUCAGCUUGUGAUGGUAGAAGCUGGGGCACUUGAGGCCCUCACAAAGUACCUUUCACUUGGGCCGCAAGAUGCUACAGAAGAGGCUGCCACAGACUUGCUGGGGAUUCUAUUCAAUAGUGCUGAGAUAAGACGGCAUGAAUCUGCAUUUGGUGCUGUUAAUCAACUAGUGGCAGUCUUGCGGCUUGGAGGAAGAAAUUCCAGAUACAGUGCAGCAAAAGCGUUGGAGAACUUGUUUUCCUCGGAACAUAUCAGAAAUGGUGAACCCGCACGGCAAGCCGUUCAGCCGCUAGUUGAGAUACUUAAUACAGGCUUAGAACGAGAGCAACAUGCUUCCAUUGCUGCACUUGUUCGACUGCUAGGUGACAAUCCAUCUAGAGCCUUGGCUGUCGGGGAUGCUGAGAUGAAUGCUGUGGAUGUUCUUUGCAGAAUUCUUUCUUCCAACUGUUCUGUCGAGCUGAAGGGAAAUGCUGCAGAGCUAUGCGGUGUUCUAUUUGCAAAUACAAGGGUUCGGUCCACUAUGGCAGCUGCACGCUGCAUAGAGCCUUUGGUGGCACUCCUAGUUAUGGAGUUCAGCCCUGCUCAGCAUUCAGCAGUUCGUGCUUUGGAAAAACUUUUGGAUGAUGAGCAGCUGGCAGAAAUAAUUGCUGCCCACGGAGCAGUUGUUCCUCUGAUUAGUCUUCUGUUUGGUAAAAAUUACAUGCUCCAUGAGGCAGUUUCUAGGGCUUUGGUAAAGUUAGGAAGAGACAGGCCCUCUUGUAAAAUGGAAAUGGUGAAAGUCGGAGUUAUUGAAAGCAUGCUUAACAUCCUGGAAGAAGCUCCUGAUUUUCUCUGCACUGCAUUUGCGGAAUUGCUUCGAAUUCUUACUAACAAUGCGGACAUUGCAAAGGGUCCCUCUGCAGCCAAAGUUUUGGUGCCUCUUUUCUCACUGCUAAUAAGGCCAGCGAUUGGUCCUGAUGGACAGCAUUGCGUGCUGCAAGUUCUUGUUAAUAUUUUAGAGCAACCUCAAUGUCGAGCAGAUUAUAACCUUACUCCUCAUCAAGCUGUUGAACCAGUGAUAUCUUUAUUGGAUUCACCAACUCAACCUGUACAGCAGUUGGCUGCAGAGCUCUUGUCCCAUCUUUUGUUGGAGGAACACUUGCAGAAGGAUCCAAUCACCGAGCAGGCAGUUGGUCCUCUAAUUCAAAUCCUUGGAUCCGGAGUUCAUGUCUUACAACAGAAAGCCAUAAAAGCUCUUGUUAAUAUUUCACUUACUUGGCCCAAUACAAUUGCAAAAGAGGGUGGUGUAUAUGAGUUGUCUAAAGUUAUUUUACAGGCUGAUCCUCCCUUACCUCAUGCUUUGUGGGAAUCAGCUGCUUCUGUUUUAGCCAGCAUUCUUCAAUAUAGUUCAGAAUAUUUCUUAGAAGUUCCUGUUGCCGUAUUGGUACAGUUGCUUCGAUCUGGAACUGAAGGUACAGUUAUUGGUGCUUUAAAUGCCUUGCUUGUUCUGGAAAGUGAUGAUUCAACCAGUGCAGAAGCUAUGGUUGAAAGUGGUGCUAUUGAAGCACUUCUGGAGCUUCUAAAAAAUCAUCAAUGUGAGGAAACGGCUGCAAGAUUGUUGGAGACGUUGCUAAAUAAUGUGAAGAUAAGAGAAUCGAAAGUUGCGAAGGCUUCCAUCUCUCCAUUAUCCAUGUAUCUUCUGGACCCUCAGACACAAUCUCAACAGGGAAGAUUGCUUGCAGCUUUGGCUCUUGGUGAUCUUUUUCAGAAUGAGAGCCUUGCACGAACCACAGAUGCUGUUUCAGCUUGUAGAGCGCUUGUAAAUCUUCUAGAAGAGCAGCCAACAGAAGAAAUGAAGGUGGUGGCCAUCUGUGCCCUACAGAACCUUGUAAUGUACAGCCGAGCCAAUAAAAGAGCUGUUGCAGAAGCUGGUGGUGUUCAGGUCAUAUUGGAUCUUAUCAGUUCUGGCCAUGCAGACACCUCUGUUCAGGCUGCAAUGUUUAUUAAACUUCUUUUCUCUACGCAUACUAUCCAAGAGUAUGCAUCCAGUGAAUCAGUUAGAUCCAUCACGGCUGCCAUUGAGAAGGACUUGUGGACCAGUGGAGGAGCUAACGAGGAAUAUUUGAAGGCACUAAAUGCACUGCUUGGCAAUUUUCCUCGCUUACGAGCUACUGAGCCUACGACCCUAAGCAUUCCACAUCUUGUUACGUCUCUCAAAACUGGCUCCGAGGCAACUCAGGAAGCAGCAUUAGAUUCACUUUUUCUUCUUAGACAGGCAUGGUCAGCCUGCCCAAUCGAAGUUUUCAAAGCUCAAUCAGUUGCGGCAUCGGAGGCUAUCCCUAUGCUUCAAUAUUUGAUUCAGUCAGGACCACCACGCUUUCAGGAAAAAGCAGAACUUCUUUUGCAGUGCUUACCGGGCACACUUACUGUCACAAUUAAGCGCGGGAGCAACUUGAGGCAAUCUGUUGGAAAUCCUAGUGUAUACUGCAAGUUGACUCUCGGGAGCAGUCCACCAAGACAAACCAAGAUUGUAUCCACCGGCCCUACACCAGAAUGGGAUGACGCCUUUGCCUGGGCCUUCGACACUCCGCCAAAAGGACAAAAACUCCACAUAUCGUGCAAGAACAAAAGCAAAAUUGGAAAGAGCUCCUUCGGCAAAGUUACAAUACAGAUCGAUCGGGUGGUCAUGAUGGGAUCUGUAGCAGGCGAUUAUACAUUGCUUCCUGUAAGCAAGAGUGGACCUCCUCGAACCAUAGAAAUCGAGUUCCAGUGGUCAAACAAAUAGCACCUUUGUUGUGAUUCACAGGCUUUCCCCUUGUAAUUUUUUUUGCAGGACAACUCAAUAAUCUUUGAUUGCUGCAUGUGAAGUAAGUCCUUAAUAGUUAUGAUGUCUUACUGUACAUAGUUGAGAAUUCUGGUGUCAUUUCUUGUUUAGGAGGAUUGCUUCUGGGAAAUGUUUGUAAUGUUUGAUAUGAAUUAUUAUUUAUUCUAUUUUUU